ACUAUCUUCUUCGUGCACCAUGUCCUUUACGUUCAUUAUCACGACGAUGAUUCUGGGCUCCUCAGUGACAGUUGCAUUUGUUUUGCAGCCAUCCAAGCAAGAACCUGCUGCCUCUGCAAACUCUCCUCUUUCCCCUCACAGGUUCCAGGGUGAGUCAUUGCAGUCCAUCAGGAAGGGUCUCCUCAGGGGUCUCAACUUGCAGGUUGAGCCACAGCUGCCUGCUGGUGGGCUGGAUGGUUUCAGAGAGCAAUGGAGGAGCACCUUCAGCAACAUGGCUCACAGAGCCAAGGACUCUGCAGUUCCAGUGGUCUCUGGCUACUCUGUGUCACCUGAUGAUAGAAACAGUACAAGCCUGAAGUGCUGUUCCAUGGCCUCUGAGAUCUUCCUGAAAGAUCUGGGAUGGGACAACUGGGUGAUCCAUCCUGCCAGCCUUACCAUCGUUCAGUGUGCACUCUGCAACACUGAAGGGAACACUGCACAAUUUCAAUCAGCCCACACCAACGUCCAGGAUGCCGACUCACAGGCCCAGUUGCCAUGUUGUCAGCCCACCUCCCAGAAAAUGGUACCUAUCGUCUACCUGGAUGAAUUCAGCACUCUCGUCAUUUCCUCUGUGCAGCUAACCCACAGCUGCGGCUGUGAACAUGGCAACCUCCAGCAACCCAGCGAAGAGUAAUGUUCGUUUUAUAGUCCUGAGUGAGUGUCAUCUGUGAUCUACCUGGCACACACACAAAACAGAAAAUACAUCAUAUAAAGGUCUGUCGUCUCUCACAAAGACUUUCAUAGACUAUUUCUCUUUAGUUCCAGUUGUUGUCUUACAUCCUUAACACUGACACAAUGUGUAUUGAACACUGAGCAUGGGAACCAAAGCAAAGUCUGUCUCUUGUUUUUCUAUACAAGUGCCAGCACAGAUUUGUUGAGCCAGACAAACAAUAAAACAGCUCAAUUAUUACUUUAGUAACUGAUGAAAUGAUUGAGCUUAAUCACGUUAUUGAUCUCAAGUCACCAUGUACAUAUGUGUGCUAUUGUGUUUUAUUAAGUUACCAACAAUUAAGCUUAAAAAUAGGCAAUAAAAAUACAUUUCUGUAGGCAUUUCUCUCGCACCAAGAGCUAGAAAGUGCAGCUGACACUCGUGUGAUACAUGCUGCCAGUUUAUCUUUCAAUAAAUCUCCAAGCGCUAUUUAAAGUACUAACAGUUACUGAGUGUUCCCUCCAAAAAUGUGAGACUUGUCCGGUGCCAAAUCCUCUUACAGACUAGUUGUUUCUUUUUUGAUGUGUGAAUCAACUCUUAUGGGUAAAAAGUCAAUUUAAUUCCUUAUAUGCAAACUGAGGUCAAAUAAAAUAGAUAAUUCUUUAGUUGUAAUUGUAAAUUAAGUAUACGCUCACAUGUUUUUGCAGGGAGAGUAAUAAGAGAAUAUUGUGUUCGCCAGCUAAACUCCCUGCAAAUUAAACUUAGUAUCACUUUCUUCUGGGUAUGAACAAAUCUUGUUGAACAUCUGUGCUGUGCUUUUCCACCAACAUCCAUUUGCCAUGCUUUAUGUUCAUGUUUCAAGAUAAAGAGCACAAUGCUUUGUUACUCCGG